GAAGGCUCGGGGAGAUGCCGGGGGAACGGCCUCGGCUUGGAGGCGCAUCAUGGCGGCGGCGGCGGGUCGAGUCAGCCUGAAAGAGCAGCGCUAUGACCGGCAGCUCAGAUUGUGGGGUGAUCAUGGACAAGAAGCUUUAGAAUCUGCUCAUGUUUGUGUGAUAAAUGCAACUGCCACAGGAACAGAAAUCCUCAAAAAUUUAGUUCUACCAGGUGUAGGUUCAUUUACAAUUAUAGAUGGAAAUCAAGUCACCGGUGAAGAUAUUGGAAAUAGUUUUUUCCUGCAAAAAAGCAAUAUUGGCCAGAAUCGGGCCCAGUGUGCAACUGAACAGUUGCAAGAACUGAACAAUGAUGUCUCAGGAAACUUUGUGGAAGAGAAUCCCGAUAAACUUCUAGACAAUGAUCCUUCAUUCUUUUGUCGGUUUAAUGCAGUGAUUGCAACUCAGCUCCCAGAGAGUACAUUACUUCGACUAGCUGAAGUUCUCUGGAAUUAUAAUAUUCCAUUACUAGUUUGUAGGACUUAUGGAUUAAUAGGCUACAUGAGAAUUGUUAUCAAAGAACACCCAGUUAUAGAAUCUCACCCUGAUAAUGCAUUGGAUGAUUUGAGAUUGGACAAUCCAUUUCCGGAACUGAGGGAGCAUGUUCAGUCUUACGAUUUGGAUAAUAUGGAAAAAAAGGAACACAGCCACAUUCCAUGGAUUGUGAUUGUAGCCAAGUAUCUAGAAAAAUGGUAUAAUGAGAACAGUGGUCAGAUACCUAAGAACUACAAAGAAAAGGAAGCCUUCAGAGAGAUGAUUAGGCAAGGAAUCUUAAAGAAUGAAAAUGGAGGACCUGAAGAUGAAGAAAACUUUGAAGAAGCAAUUAAAAAUGUGAACACAGCUGUGACUGCUACUAAGAUACCAAUUUGUAUUGAAGAAAUUUUCAGUGAUGACCACUGUAAUAAUCUCUCACAGCAGAGUCCACCCUUUUGGAUCUUGGCUCGAGCUGUAAAAGAAUUUGUAGCAAAAGAAGGUCAAGGAAAUUUACCUGUUAGGGGCACAAUUCCAGAUAUGAUAGCAGAUUCUAGCAAAUUUAUCAAAUUGCAAAAUAUUUAUCGUGACAAAGCCAAGAAAGACGCUGAAGCUGUGGCUAACUAUGCUGCUAAGUUGCUACAAUCAAUAGGCAAGGCACCGGAAUCCGUUUCUCACAGAGAGCUGAAACUUCUUUGUAGCAACUCAGCAUUUCUUCGAGUGGUGCGGUGUAGAUCUCUUUUGGAAGAGUAUGGAUUGAAUACUGCAAACAAAGAUGUGUAAAUUUCCCAUAUGGAUAACCCAGAUAGUGAGAUGGUGCUGUACUUAAUGUUACGAGCUGUGGAUAAAUUCUUUAAACAUCAUGGUAGAUACCCAGGGGUAUAUAAUUACCAAGUGGAGGAUGAUAUUGGAAAACUAAAGUCAUGCCUUAAUAGUUUUCUUCAGGAAUACGGAUUACCAGUAACAGUGAAGGAUGAUUAUGUUCAUGAAUUUUGUCGUUAUGGAGCUGCUGAGCCACAUACCAUUGCAGCAUUUUUGGGAGGAGCUGCUGCCCAAGAGGUUGUGAAAAUUAUUACAAAACAGUUUGUCAUUUUUAAUAAUACCUACAUUUACAAUGGCAUGUCUCAGACCUCAGCAACAUUUAAGCUGUAAACUAAACAGAAUACAUUAUUUGAAAGUGUAUUUACUUUUGACUUGCAUUUUUUCCCUGUAAAUUGUUAUCUGUUAUGAUUAAAUAUUAUUUUGAAUUGUAAUAAAAACUUUAUCCAACAUUUUAAUUAAAUGCACUGGGACAUGGAACAUGCAUACUUUUAAAAGUGUGAAGAGAUUUUACGUGUCAUCACUGUUUCUUCGUAUUAUUUUUUUGGUAAAAGCACUUCUGUACUUUACUCAGAUCAGUAGUACACCAACAUGAUUUAAGAAAAUGUUAUCUAUAUUAAAUAUAUGACUACUUGAAGCAAAUGUGCAACAACUAAAUAGGUUCUGUUGUUUUUCAGAACUUGCCUUCUUCCCCUGUGUGAACAUAAUUUUGCUGGGGGCAAAUCUGGAUUCAGUCCCUGUAUCACAGGCGGCGUCGCCUGGUGCCAGUCCGUGGGCUUCCUUUAACUGGGCCAUGGACACGGAUCUCCGCCCCCCCCGCACGCACGCACGGGGGGUGUC